AAUGUUUGUUUGAUAGAAUCCUGCCAAGUUUUGAUCACAGUCUCAAUCCAAGCUAGAUGUACGUUAGAUGACAAAUGGAUACCGUGCGAAACUUCAGUUCCAGGAACAAAAGCAAUAUUGGAUUGUCAAAACGGUUAUCGCCCUGAAAAUAACUUACUGUUCGCACAAGGAAACACUGUGACAUGUAAUAUGAAUGGUCAAUGGGAACCAGAACCUAUGCGAUGCGUUUUAGCAUGCGGUAGUGUACCUCCUGAUGUUAAAUCGACCGUUAUAGGCGGUGUUCGACCGAAUAUUACAGAAUUUCCGUGGCACGCUUCGUUGUAUCGCGAUGAACCAGACAAGGGAAAGAAAUACUUCUGUGGAGCAUCCGUUAUUCGAGACAGAUUCUUAAUAACGGCAGCUCAUUGUGUAUUUGAUGAGAAUAUUGGGCAAUUGUAUAACGCCAGUAAAAUUUAUGUAGUAGUGGGAAAUCUCUUUCGUGAUUACGAUUAUCUCUAUCACAAUCGAACCUUCGUUAAAUACAAUCAGGUGAAACAUAUUUACAUUGCACACAAUUAUCUGGGACUUAUUGGAAAUUACCUUUGGGAUAUUGCGAUAUUAGAACUCGUCAGGCCAUUUAAAUUGACAACAUGGUUGGUUCCAAUAUGUAUAGAUACUGCAAAUGAUAAAAGUGCAGUGGAAGUAGGUUCUUACGGAAAGGUAGCGGGAUUUGGUAGAACUGCACACGGUGAAACUAGCGCAAUAUUACAAGCUUUGACAGUGCCUAUAAUUUCGUUCAGCCAAUGCAUAUCCGCGAGUCAAAAUGCUAGUACGCGACAAUUUAUCACCAAUGAUAAAUUAUGCGCAGGUUACAGAAAUGGUUCUUCUGUUUGUGACGGUGACAGUGGCGGUGGUUUAGUCGUUAAGACUAAUAAUACGUGGUAUCUUCGAGGUAUUGUUAGCGUUUCCCUUGGCACGAUACAAGAUGGUGGGAUUGCUCAUUGCGACAAUAACUUGUAUACUUUAUAUACAGAAGUAUCCAGGCAUGUUCCAUGGAUACAACAAGUUAUUUCAAAUGUUGAACGAGAUCAAAGGCUUACAUUAUGCUCAAAUGAGUCUUAUACGAGAUGUUCAUAAAUUUAUUGAUGUAUCAUCGAUUAUUUAUACGUAAUUAAUCACUGUAAAAAGCAUUCAUUUUGUAUUGCAUAUGUC